CCAUCGCAUGACCCAGUUCCGACCUGUCCGUUCGUUGUCUCGCCGUAUGAAUCGUGCGCGACGCGUCGAUUGAUCGUGCGUGAAAAAUAGACGCUUUCCUUGCGAUCGUUUCUGCCACCAAAUGUCAUUUACCGGUUUCGCGCCGAAAUUGAGAGGACUUCAACGACUGUUACGCCACUGUUUAAAAAAUUUAUGGGCUAAUUGAGCUAUUAUUUCUAAUGGCUGUUUACAUCGACAACGGUCGUUUUCAUGCUUCGACGUUCGAAAUGUUUUUUGUGUACGUUAACGCGAAAAUGCGAAUCAUUUACACGAAUGUAAUGACGGACCAUUGUCCGUUGUGAUCCAAACAUCGCGGAAAGUGGUAUUUGGACGCCAUGUCACGAUCGUGACGACGGUGGUCGAUGAUGCUAGUGGUAUCGGUAUCGAGUCGCGUGCGUCGCGUCGGUGUCGACGAAUACGAUGGUGGUGGUGAUGACGGCAGUAGCGAUAGCGGUAACGCAUCGAAAGCGGUCGUCGUCGUUGAUACGCUUCGAUCUCCAGAAAUGGAAGACGCGAUUUCACGUAGCGUGGAAUGGAAUCGAAUCAUAGAGCGUUGUCUGGCUGGAAACGAGGCGAACGAGCGAGCGUCGCGCCUAAACACGUCCGUUUAAACUGGCGAACUUUAGAUCGAGUUUGAUCCGCGUGACACGUGGCAAAAAUACGACGCGUAGAUUCGUCCGUCGAGCGUUUCUCGGGAGAGAGGAACGCGGACGAGCGGAACGAAGGGAAGAACGAACGGAUAAUGUCGUGGUUCUUUGGAAGGAAAAAGCAUCAGAAAGACUCGCCUACAGAUUCUGCGGAAGAGGAGCAAUCGUCGGGCCAAGCGGAUGACUACGUGCUUGUCAACGAAUGGCCCAAUCCGAUGCCACCGAGUGUGACAGCCGGCUCCGGUAGUCUGUAUCCGUCUGUUCCACCUGUUUCGGAUUACGGUGGAAGCCUUACGGGUGACUCGAAAGAUUUUAACCAAGGGGACCAACCACAUUACCUAACCGGAGUCCCGUUUAAAUUAUGCAAACGUCUGGACAGUAAUUUGAACAACGACUUUGAACUAGACAAACUCAGGAUCAGCGAAAUGUUGUCGUUCAUAGAAAGAAUAAGAAAUCAGAACUACGAUUACAGUUUUUCCGUCGAGGAAAGCGUCGUUGCGGAAAUGAACAGCGGAGGCAACGAUUGAUUUUCUGUCCUUAACCUUUUCUUUUCCGACCGCGGUUCGCCUGAUGAGGCAUCUUUACUUUCUCGCCUACGAAAGUCGCGCUUUGUUCCAAGGUUUAAGGAUGAACUCUGCGCAUACUCGAGUACUCGAUAAAACUCGAGUACAAGUUUAUUUCUUAAAAGGAACGAUACGACUCGAUACGCCUGUAUCGUAAUAUAUAGCGAAUAAUGUUUCGAUACGUUAAGUUUACUUUGUAAGUGUCACGACAUUGUGUAUUUGUAAUGUGAGUGUUUAGAGCGUCGACACACGUUUGUAAUAAAGUUCAAGUUACCAAA